ACGGAAGCUCGCAAGCACAAAAAAGUGAAAAUCAGAACAAAGAGAGGGAACGAACUCGAAAAACACAGGAGACAGACAGGCACCAAACACAAUACCAAAGGCAGGGAGGCAAUUUAGCACCAUGAGAACAUUGAUCAGGAAGCAACGUGCCCAUAGACGCCUGGACUCCAUGCUGUUUUACAGCGGGGCGAUGCUGCAGCUGACGGAUCAACAUCUCCGGCAGGUGAGAUGGGCCCAACUGAACCAACCCCCAAGUUCCGCUAGCCUCCCACCGCUCUGUAUGGAAAGGAAGCAAAGUGAAGGUACUUUGCCACGGGUAGAAGACACAGACAUGGGGGUGCUGAUGGAGGAGGAGAAGGAAACGGAGCAGCAAAGGAGGGUGAUGCAGGAAGGCAAGGGUGCCUGCGCCGCCCAGGAGCAAAUGAAAUCCGUGCCGCAGCUCACCUGGGCGGAUAAGCUCAGGCAUCCCCUCCAAGGCCAGGCCCUGACCAUCCAGCGUGGUCAGGGCAGCCCGCGGACAGGGAAGCUUGAGAUUCCCCUAGAUGGGCUGCUGCAGGCACGGGCUUUCUUCAUGACCAAAUUUCUGCUCCCAUCCGAAACAAAGGUUGUAACCCAGGGUGGCAAACAAGUCAUGGUGAAAGCCUACCCUGACCACGGAAUCGCAAGCAGGGACGAGAUCUAUACAAAGCACGCCAGCAAUUGGGUGUUUCACGAUGAUGCGGCCUUCAAAUCUGUAAACGAUAAAGCCAGAUGGAUUGGUCGCCGACUUGAAAUCUUGAAAAAUAGUGCGCAUCUUGCUCGGGAUCACUUUCUGGUACAGCCAGUAACAAACAACUUAUUCACCGUCCUGGCCCUGCAUGAAGCGGACAAGAAAGUGAUGGAUGGUUGGAAAAGGCUUCGCUGUGAACGAUCGGAGGUAAGGAUCCACCCGUGGGUACCGCAGCGUAGGUUGGGACCGGAGGAGAAGAGGGCGCAACUGAUGCGGGAUUUCCACUGGGUGGAAUUCCGCCACAUCCCGGUCGAAAUCCAAACGGCCUUUGUAUACGAUUUCGGCCUGCUUUAUGAUAUCGUCGCCUUUAUUGACCCCCUUCCCUCUUAUGUGGCUAAGAGGGACGACUAUCUGAUGCUGGCUCUGGACUUUCCCCCGGGCCAGCCUUUCUCCCUAGACGAUGUAAUCCCUCCCACUGUGCUGCCGAUGGGGGAGGAAAUGGAGGUGGCAGCGGGGUGUAAAGGACCGGGGGAGGAGGUUCAGUUGCAGGAAGGGGGGCUGCAGGAGGACCGGAUGGUGGAAGUGGACCCCUUCCAACCUGCUUUUGCCCCAGAACCAAUGGAGGUUGACCCACUCCCGGAAAAUGCCCGCGCAGCACCAGAAGGUGUACCUUGUGAGGAGGGAGAGGAGGAGGGGAUCCCGCCGCAGCAUUUGCCGGUAGAGCAGAAACUGGUUGAAAUUGCGGACUGGCUGAUGACUAACCUGCAAGCGAAAUACGGCCCUCUCACGGACUUCUGGGACAGAACGUAUCGGGAACUGUUCCCUAUGUUGGACUCGAGCGCGGCGCUUAAAGGCGUCCUGCAAAAUGGGCUGCAAUCUGGUAUUAAGUGGACGGAGGCGUGGCACAGAGUGGCCUCCAUUGUAUUAGCAAGGUUUCAGCCGCCUCCUGCACCACACCCAGCAGCAGCAGAAGAGACAAAGGUAAGCAAUCAGACCGAGGGGUCGAUCCUUCAGUCACCUGUCUUGCCACCGGGACUGGCCCCCUCGGACCUUGAUGAGGACGCACCACUGGACCUCGUGAGAAGAAAGAAAUUAAGGCACUUGAUAGAGAUGGGCCAGGACACGGGGCCACUGUCACAAGAGGCGACGCUGCUACUUCCAGUCCGGAAGAAAAACAGGAAAUGGGAGGUUGGCCUGACACCGGUUGAUCAUGGCAAAAUAAAAGGAGUUACACUGCAAGGGUGGUCCUCCUUCUGGGCGGGACACUGCAAAUCCGAGGCCGCAGCUGGCAUCCUAAGAAUGCAGCUGGACACGCACAUUGCAGAGUCUAUGCCCCCUGGAGCACAGGCCACUGCCCCCCUGGAAAUAGAAUUUAAAAGAGCCUUUCAAAGAGACACCCUCAUCCGCUACGACCCAGACAAGGAUGCAGGCCUGAGAUGGCUCACCCUCCCACAGCUGCUGGACAUGCAAGCAGUUAAGACCAGGGCUAGUGAGAGCUCAAGAGGGGCGUAUGGUUGGAAAUGGGUUGUGCAAGGGAUCUAUAAAGUGGGACACUUAUGGGACGAAAUCCGCAGGGACUGGCGAAGGGAUGAAGAGUUACUGGAAUCCUUGCAGGGACGCAUGAAGCGUCAGCAAAGGCUGAAGGAACUCAGGGAGGCUAUCCCUCCCCAUUGGAUUGAAAUGUUCACAAAGGAUGAAAUCACCCCGGGACAAUGGGUGAAGAUGAAGGGGGACCCGAGGCCAGCCAGCAUAUACAGGGUGGAGCGGGUGCUGGAUGGGAGAAGGCUACGGGUCACUUGCUGGAGGGUGGACACGGGUUACGAAGGGUUGGGGGAGCCCCUCCAAGAGGCUGAGCCAGGGGAUGGGCAAAAGGAACUGCAGAUCUCAACGGACGGGAUCGAAACAGUAUCGGAAGCAUACAAAGGUCAAAGUUCAUCUGAGAUCCGUGUUGUGCACUCGCUAGAUCAUGGAUACAACUGGACACGACCACGACCAAUGUUCACAGAACCAGGUUCGUUUACAAAGAACCAGCUACUCCGCUCGAUAAGGGGAGAAUGGCUGCUUCCCUUGUAUUAUACUCCGGGUGGUGCAGAGGCUCAUUCUCUUCAGUAUUCUGCUAUCAAGAGGAGUAAGGAUGGUGGAUUUACUUGGGAUGAGGGGACUAUGAUGAGGGGAACCAAGGGGAAACUUGUUCAGCCAUCUGUGGUGCGUCUGCGGCAUGAUGGGAUAUUGGUUGCAUAUUUCCGGAGCAGAGGUGCUGAUUACAUAUACGAGAGCCGAUCAUUUGAUGAUGGCUACACAUGGACAAAGCCGAGGAGGACCAAGCUGCCAAAUAACAACAGUGGCAUUCAGGCGUUAGUACUAUCCAAUGGGCAUUUGGUAAUAGUCUUCAACAACAUCCGUGGACCGCAUGGGAGGUGGCCGUUGUCUAUCGCCUUGUCCGAGGACGAAGGUGAAACGUGGCCUUUUGUUAGGGACUUGGAGCCAUGGGUGCCGGAUAGAGGAGACCAGAGGUUGAAUGAAGAUUUCUCUUUGCUAGAUUGGGAUGAUGAUGAGCCAGGGGUUAUAAGUGCAGAGUACAGCUACCCAUCGGUGGUGCAGUCGCAUGUGGACGACCUCCUUCACAUUUCCUACACCUGGAGGAGAAAAACCAUCAGGCAUGUGCGGGUCACCGAAGACUGGAUACGAAGAGGAUCAACAGUGGGCGAAUAUCAAGGCGGGAGAGAAAUGGACGAUGAGGCUACAUAACCUGGCCGCCUGUGAUGCGAGAUCCAAUGCAACUGCAUUCUGAAACAGACCCUAUGCACAUUUCACCAUGAAACACAAGGCAUGCAUGGGGUUUUCUGCCAAACAAAACCCCGGACAUUUG